CGCCGUCGACCGUCGUAGGUGUUCGGUCUAUUCGUUGACGGUAUUCACGGUCCGAUCUUUUAACUUAUCGUUGAUAUAAGAACUUGAAAAAAGUGAACCAAGAUAUAUAUAUAUAUAUAUAUAUUAUAUAUAGGAAAGCUGUGGUGCGUUUUUAAAUAAUAUACGAAUAAAUUAGAGUUGUCUGAUUUGAUAGAGUUAGUAGCGAAUGGAGAAAAGAAAAUUGUUCGACUAAGCGCGUUGCGCACGUUCGAUUUCCAUUUAAAAUAUAAAGCGGCAUCGCGUGAAAAAUUAAAUACAGCUUUCGCCAUACCAAACGUGGGAAGAAGGGUGAUUAAUGGAUUCGAUUCGUUGAACCGAAGCAGGCCGUACGACGAAAAAGGAUAGACGGAUAGAAGCGGAUAAUGCAGAGAUAGAGAGUGCGAGAGAGACGGGCCGAGAUAGGGAAGAGAAAAACGUGGAGGAAAACGCGGUAGAAGUGGAAAGUGUUCGAGUGAGACAGAGACAGAAAGACAGAAAGACAGAGAGAGACAGACGAAGAGAAAGAGAAAGAGAAAGAGAAAGAGAAAGAGAAAGAGAAAGAAACAAAACGAAAAGAGUGAGCUCGAAAAGUGGUGAUUGGAGAGAAAGAGGAACACUACGUUGGAGAGGAGAGAAGAGAGAAAUCGAGGAUUUUAUUUCCGAAAGUGUGGAGAGCCGUGCAGAGACGGAGGACCAACGACCAUGACGGAGGGCGGACUCGAUGUUGGUGAUCUAAUGACGAAGAACAAGCGGACAAAUUGGCGUCGGCUGUUGGCAGGCGGCUUGGUAGCCAUUGUCGCAUUGGCCUUGGUGGUAGCCGCAGCAAUUCUUUUGACCGGUAGUCCAGAUAGCUCGGCAUCAAGAACGACAAGCGCGCCUGGCAUUUCCCUCGAAGAAUGGCUCGCCGGUUCGUUAUCUCCCAAGAGCUUCAACGCGACCUGGCUCAGCGGAAACGAGAUCCUUUAUCGUGACGAGAUUGGAAAUCUUCUUAUCUAUAACGUCGAAUCGGCCUCUUCUAAGAUCAUCCUCAACAUGACUAACUCCGCGCUCCUGUCCAGCUUUGAUCAUCAAAUAUCAGCCGACAGAAAAUAUCUUCUACUUGCUAUUAACUACCAGAAGCUAUACCGGCACACAUACCUGGCCCACUACAGGAUCGUGAACCUGAAGACUCUAACGGAGACUGCAUUGAUGGCGGCGAAUGAUUCUGUAUCCCUUCAACUUGCAACCUGGGCACCAACCGGAAACGCUUUGAUCUAUGUUCAUCAGAAUAAUAUCUUCUAUCGACUGGAAGCUGAGGUUCCAACAGAUUAUCAGAUAACCGAUAGUGGAGUUUUCGGUACGAUCUACAACGGCGUACCUGAUUGGGUUUACGAAGAGGAAGUAUUCAGUUCUAACAAAGCAUUAUGGUUUUCACCGAACGGCUCGAAACUGGCUUUUGGAUACUUCAAUGAUACCUUGACGCCGGUUAUGAACAUACCAUUUUAUGGAUAUCCAGGAAGUUUGACUUUCCAAUACACGUCGGCUAUACCGAUUCACUAUCCCAAGAGUGGCACGAAGAAUCCUAGCGUGAAGCUUUUCUAUGUCGAUCUCGAAGAAGUGGUACGUGGUAACACGAGAUUAAUCGAGAUCACACAUCCUUCGGAAUUGUCGUCGGUUGAAAGGAUAUUGUCGGCCGUUAGUUUUCCUACCGAUAAUCACGUGUAUGCAACUUGGAUGAACAGGGUACAGAAUAUGGCAUACUUCCGACUAUGUGACGUUGGCAGUCACGUACCAAAUUGUACAACGUCUCUGACAUACAUCGAGAAGCACGGUUGGGUCGAACAAUUCGAAGCACCGUUGUUCAGCAAGGAUGGCACCUCUUUCUUGUUAAUAUUGCCAAGAAAGCAAAAGGACGGUACAGACUGGAGACAUCUUGUUUUGAUUAAGAAUGCAACGAGUGGAGAUCCGAUUACGAUUUCUCUAACCUCCGGCUACUUCGUCGUAACGGAAAUAGUUGCAUGGGACCAAGAGAAUUCGUAUGUAUACUAUCUGGCCACGUCCGAGCAAAAGACAGGACAACAACAUUUGUACAGACUGUCUCUGUCGACGUUGAACGCCCAACCGAAAUGUCUCAGCUGCGACAUCCUCAGAGAAUCCGAUAGCACCCGGUGUUUGUACAAUACUGCCAAGUUCUCCACCGACAAUUCAUAUUACGUGCUAACCUGCGCAGGUCCUGGUGUACCAGAAAUUUUCAUUUAUAACAGAAGUGGAAAAGAAAUUGCUAUCUGGGAAGAUAACGAAGCUGUUGCAGAACUAUUGGUAUCGAAGGCACAACCGAUUGUCCAUAAGUACAAAAUACCGGUUCCCGGUGGUUUUAAUGCCCAGGUGAGGCUUCUGAUUCCACCCGAUGCUGAUUUGAGCGGUGCCACCAAGUAUCCUAUGCUGGUUUACGUAUACGGCGGACCAGACACAUAUCAAGUGACAGAAAAGUUCAACGUCGACUGGGGCACAUAUCUCGUGUCAAACAAGAGUAUCAUAUACGCUGCCAUCGACGGCAGGGGCUCCGGAUUAAUGGGCAACAGCAUGCUAUUCGCCGGAUACCGGAACCUUGGUACCGUUGAAAUCAUUGACCAGAUUAAUGUAACGAGGCAUCUGCAGAAUAAGUUACCCUUCAUCGAUCGCACCAGGACGGCAAUUUGGGGUUGGAGUUAUGGAGGUUACGCCACCGGUAUGUCACUCGCUAUGGAUUUCAAUGGUGUCUUCAAGUGUGGCAUGUCUGUAGCUCCGGUCACGGAUUGGGCUCUAUAUGAUUCAAUAUACACGGAACGAUUCAUGGGCCUACCAACCGUCGCUGACAAUCUUCAGGGAUAUGAAAAGGGUCAAUUGUUGAACAAAGUCGAUAAUAUAAAGACAAAAAUGUAUUAUCUGAUCCAUGGUACUCUCGACGAUAACGUGCAUUAUCAACAAUCUUUGAUGCUCGCUAAAGUUCUCGAACAAAAGGAUAUACUUUUUAGACAACAAACAUACACCGACGAAGAUCAUGGAAUUCUGCAAUCGCGAACACAUCUCUACCACUCGUUGGAAAACUUUUUAGACGAAUGCUUUCAAACAUCGUCAUGAUUAAAGCACGGAACUUUAAUGACAAUCUAGGCACCUUAUACACCAUUUGCCUCACAGUCCAUUUGUAAAUAAUUUACCACUUGUACAUAGUUUAUGUACAAUAAUGUAAUAUGAACGUUAGUGUACAUAAUUCGGGAAGAGAAAAAUAAGAAAUAAAUAAAAGAAGGUCGGAACGAAGGUCGUCGUGAUAAUGUUAUCGACGAGACGGUAUAGUUACGGAAAAAAAAAAACAGAUUUAUGAGAAACGUCUUUGAUACAUUUUGUAAGAAAUCUGAAUUCAUUAGUAAAAUCGAAGGCCUAAGAAAAUCAAAUGGCGCAUCGGCGCUUUGAUUUUCAGAUUCCAUAAAGUUUGUGUGUUUAUAUAUUUUAUUACCAAUUAAAAAUCGCUUUUCCAAAGCGAUCCCGAUAGGAUAUUUAUCUCCUCUUGUUUUUCUUUUCUCUUUGUACAAGAAACUACGUGCGAUUGAUUGUCCGAUUUUUAAAGAAAUAUUAGAUCGCGCGAGCCUAACGAAAUAUGGCAAAUGAUACUUCUGAUAAGAGAAGUUAUAUACGCCAAUAAAGAUCUCGAACUUUGAGAGAGCAUUUUUAUCUUGUUGGCAUAUACUUUAUUAUUAUUAUUAUUAUUAUUAUUAUUAUAUGUAUACGUUUAGUAAUUUUAAUAUUAAAGUAUUCAAAUCUCUUAUUUUUCAAUCACUAAGUAAAACUCUGAGAAUGGAUUAUUAUUUUAUUAUUUUAUCUAAUGACACGUAUUAUAUAUUACAUGAACUGUAUCUUAAUGAAAAUCUUUUGUACUUCAAGUUUAAUGAAAAUAAUUAAACUACAUAUAGGUAAUUGUAUCAUCUAAUCGGCGGGUCUAGUCUGAGAAACAUAAAUACUAAUUACACAUGUAUUUAAAUAAUUUUUCUUUUACAUUAUGUAUUAAUAUUACGAAAAAAAGUUGACUAUAUAUAAGUCCGAUAAUAAGAAUGCCCUCGCAAGAAACUGCAAAUGUAAAUUUUUAAAAUACAAAAUCAAAUUCUUAGAAUUUUACUACUCAGAGUUCACAUAACAAAGUUCCUCUAUUAGUUUAUGAAACCCUUUUCUUGUGACACAAGAUAGCAUAUCUAUUAUGAACUAUAAUUAGAAUGUGGGCAAUUAACAGUGUGUUAAUGUCAUAUAAAGGAGGAAGAUUAUCGAAGAAAAAAUUUAUGACUAAUAAGAUUUUUUAAUCAAAGGACCACUACAUCAUAACAGUUUUAAAAGUGGAUCAAAAUGAAUUUAUUAAAAUAAUUGUUACCUUUUAUGCUGACAUACUGUAUAUAUGAAAUUACUUAAUUACUAUUUAAUUAAGAUAUCCAUAUAUUGUUAUAACAAAAUUGUACUAUUGACCCUGUAGAGUUAUAAAAAUACUUAUAUAUCCUUCUCAUUCAUCAUUUGUUGAGUGUAUCAUAAAUAAAGUUCUAUGUUUUAUUAGAA